CAGGCUGUGGCUCAGCUCUCGGAGGGAGGCAAACACCAGGCAGCGGUCUCAAGCCAAGCCCCCUGCCAGCAUGGCCAGCGAGUUCAAGAAGAAAAUCUUCUGGAGGGCGGUGGUGGCCGAGUUCCUGGCCAUGAUCCUCUUCAUCUUCAUCAGCAUUGGCACUGCCCUGGGCUUCCAGUACCCGGUGAAGAACAACCAGACGGCAGGUGCGGUCCAGGAUAACGUGAAGGUGUCACUGGCCUUUGGGCUGAGCAUCGCCACACUGGCCCAGAGCGUGGGCCACAUCAGCGGCGCCCACCUCAACCCAGCGGUCACACUGGGGCUCCUGCUCAGCUGCCAGAUCAGUGUCUUCCGGGCGAUCAUGUACAUCAUUGCCCAGUGUGUGGGGGCCAUCGUCGCCACUGCCAUCCUUUCGGGCAUCACCUCCUCCCUGCCCAGCAACUCACUUGGCCUCAAUGCGCUGGCCCCUGGCGUGAACUCGGGGCAGGGCCUGGGCAUCGAGAUCAUCGGCACCCUGCAGCUGGUGCUGUGCGUGCUGGCCACCACCGACCGGAGGCGCCGCGACCUCUCGGGCUCAGGGCCCCUUGCCAUCGGCUUGUCUGUGGCCCUGGGACACCUGCUGGCGAUCGACUACACGGGGUGCGGUAUUAACCCUGCCCGGUCCUUCGGCUCCGCGGUGAUCACGCACAACUUCCAGGACCACUGGAUUUUCUGGGUGGGGCCGUUUAUUGGGGGAGCCCUGGCCGUGCUCAUCUACGACUUCAUCCUGGCCCCGCGCAGCAGUGACUUCACAGACCGCGUGAAGGUGUGGACCAGCGGCCACGUGGAGGAGUAUGACCUGGAUGCUGAUGACAUCAACUCCAGGGUGGAGAUGAAGCCCAAAUAGGGGGACCCCCGGCCCAGGCAUCCACGUAGGGCGCGGGGGUCAGGGGCGGGCAGAGGGAGGGGAGGGGCGAAAUCCAUAUUGUAGACACUCUGACAAGCUGGCCAAAGUCACUUCCCAAAGAUCCGCAGCACCUGCGUGGUCAAGCCUUAUUUGGGGCUGUUUCUAUUACCUUCUUUCUCUUUCUCUGUUUCCCGGCCUCAGGGCUUCCUGGGGACCAAGAGUAACCAAUCACCCACUCCCUUGAAGUCACAGAGGAGGUGAAAGAGAGGGACCCACCCUGCUAAGUUGUCCCCUCAGAGUGUGACAGGAGAUGUGCCAGAAAGCUCCCCCUCACCCGAAGUUGCUCACCAACUCACCUGCUGCAGGUGCCUGGGGCUCCACUGUGAUGGCUCCGUGCCUUUGGGCCUGGCCCUCUGUCUUGCAAUGUGCACCUGACCCCAAGGGUGCUCCGAGGGGGAGAUUCCAGCAAGUGCAGUGGUGGGGGCAGGGGGCAGACAAGCCUCAUCCUUGAGACCUGACUUGCUUCCAGGCCGCCCCCUCCCCCCCCCCCCCGGGAUGUGCUACACAACCUUGGGAACAUCCCUAUCUUGGGGCCUCAGUGAUCCUGUCUGUAAAGUAGCAGGGCCAGGGAGAACCCCUCUCUAGGGUUCUGUGGGUGUAGACAUGCUGCAGGUUCUCGAAGAUGUAGUCUGGACCAGCGCCGCUUCAUCCACUGGCCAAGUGUAUCACUGUAUCUGCACGUCCAUGCAAACACGUGUACACAGGCAUAUGUGUUUCGAAGUGAAAAGCAACAGACCAUCCAGCCUCUCGAAGUCUCCAUCCCUGGGGGAGCAGGGCUGAUCCCUGUGCAGUGUCCAGUGGACUGGACAGAGCUGGCUGUUGCAAAAUGAAGGCCCUUAAGAGGGCGAGGGAGGAAUGCCCGUGUUCCUUCACUGAGUUGUAGUUGGUCUUUUCCACCCAUCACUGCAUCACCCUGAUCAUUAAUUGGUUCUUCACUUUCUCUUGCCCGUGCAGACACAGGUCACUAUUAUGCAAGUGUAUGUUUAUUAAAGGGCACUUGGUCAUCUGAAGGUUAUCAAGCCUGAGGACAGAUGACCGUGGUUCGAAUCAGCCCUCAGAGGGGGUUGCCCCUGAUGGAUCCUUGAGUGGGGGUUUCCAAGCCCCGAGCUGGUCCCAGAGUGGGAGGAGGAACAGGUCCCCCUUGUUCCCGAGCUCCUGAUGGGUGCGUGUGGGGCAGCAGGGAGACCCAAGCAGGCUCCCCAGGCCGCAGCCUGCCCUCCUCACUUAUUUGGAGGGGAGGUUUGGUCUUGACCUGAUGAAGUAGCUAUGGUGACAGCCCAAGGGCAGUUCAAAGCACAGUCUGUUUGAUGGGGAGCCAUCCACACAGUCCAUUCAGUUCCACCAGGGCCAGAGCAGGUCUCCCCAUGUUCCAUAGCCACGAUGGUGACAAAAACUGAGACGCACAAUACACAGGUGUCUAGAAGCAGCAGGACCACCAGGAGGCCUUUCGUGGCCACGGCCCAUCGGGACAUCCACACACUCUCUUCCCUAUCCCUAGCAAAAGACUUCUAGCCCAUUUAACAGAUAAAGAAACUGAAGCCUAAGGACCCACAGCUAGAUAAUGAUUUGGCCAGGCCUAGCAGCCAGUGUCAUGUCUCUGGCUACUUCCUGGACCGUGAGACCGGCCCCUCUCAUUCCCAGCUUCUGCAUUUCUGCCUGGGCAAUGGUCAGGGCCCGGGAGGAGCGAGGGUUGUGCUGGAGGGAGAGGAGGGCAGACCCACUUCCUGUCUUGUUCCAGCUGCUGCAUACCAGGACCUUGCAUCUGUCUGCUCUGCGCAUAUGUCUCUUUGAAAUUGGAAUGUCAUUAUACAUUCAGAAAAUAAAUAAUAAUAUAGUCAC